CGUCAGUCGCGUAUGAAAUCGUCUCAAAUUUGUUGCAUACCGUGCGGCGCUGGCAAAUGAACGCACGGCAUUCGCCUGCGUUCCGCCCGCCAUUCGUCUGCCUGCCCGCCACAGGGCUCAACGUGUCGCUCGUGCGUGUCUGUUAACGGGCAGUCAAUGUUCAGCCUUCACAUCGCACAGUUCGGCGCGGCAGCAGCUCCAGCAGCCGACGCAGAAGUCCAGCCAGUCCGUGUGUGUGUGUGUGUAUGUGAGCGUUGUGCGAGUGUGUGUGUGUGCGUGAACGAGUGUCGAUCAAUUGUCGCUGUAAUCGUUAGCCGUGCUAUCGCGCGCAAGUGCGCGUGCCCAAAAGAAUCGAAUACAAAAUACAAGUUACUUACUCAAGACGUUUAAGUUAUUAUUAGGCCCAAUUGGCACAAAACGUGAACGAAUAACGGUCUAAUCCGCAUUUGGCAACAAUUUGAUAAUUUGCUUGAUUGCAACAAGGCGUGCCAGAGGCAAUCGCCCAACGUCAGACUGCAUGCACUUUAUUUACGGGCUUUCAACACAUAAAUACAUUUGCCACUGAAUGGUCAAGUCUUGGCCAUAUUAUAGUCGUGGCUAAUAAUAAAUGACUCUGCAGACUGUGCCACACGGAAAAACUGUUGAAAAUAUGCAAUUUCCGUUUGGGAAAUGUGGCAUGACGCUGAAUGGGCACAGCUCGACAUACGCCUAGGACAUGCUGAUUUGCAUAGUGCAAACGUGAGCUCGUGUGUUCCGUAAUGGAAAAUGCAAAAUGCAUGUCACCAUGCAGCUUAUGAAUAGACCAAUCGCUCUCUGCAACAGUUUCGACAAAUGCUUAUCGACAGGAUUUGCAUUAAUAAAAUAAAAAAGCACACAACAUACGAAUUAUUAGAAGUCAUAAUCGAAGCUUAAAUGCCAAGCCGCAGUCGCUUGGCGAAUUGUUAAUGCCAAUUCUGAGAUUGAAAUUCGAGCGCACACUACAAUAAGCGGCGACUGCAUAAGAACCACUCAAUCUAUUAUUUUCCAGUCCCCUAUCCAAUUCACCUUACUGCCCCACCCGCUUCCUCAACAACAAUAUGACAAAUGCCGUGAGCGCUGCAACGGCCAUCGCUGCCUUGGCCGCAGCAGCAGCAGCAGCAUCAACUCAUGGCAGCAGCAACAACAAGACCCUUGGCCAGAGCAGUCUCCUGUCCGGCAGCAACAGUGGCAAUGGGAGCCGACGCAACCACAGUGCGCUGCUAUUGGCCGCCGAUCACCUGCCGCUGCAGCUGACAACAACCGCCAAAGUGGAUCUGGAGUUCGAAAUCGACAUUCAACUGCUGACAAAUGGCUAUGACGGCACCACGCUGACAUCGUAUUUCAAUGAGACGAGCUGGACAAACGCCUCUGAAAUGGAUACAAUAGUUGGUGAGGAACCGGAACCGCUCUCACUUGUGUCAAUUGUAGUUGUUGGCGUCUUUUUAUCGUUGCUGAUAUUCCUUUCGGUUGCCGGCAAUAUACUCGUCUGCCUGGCCAUCUAUACGGAGCGCAGCCUGCGCCGCAUUGGCAAUUUGUUUCUGGCCUCAUUAGCGAUUGCGGAUCUGUUUGUGGCCUCUCUGGUGAUGACAUUCGCGGGCGUCAACGAUUUGCUUGGCUAUUGGAUCUUUGGUGCAGAGUUUUGUGAUACUUGGGUGGCCUUUGAUGUCAUGUGCUCGACGGCAUCUAUUUUGAAUCUGUGCGCCAUAUCCAUGGACCGUUACAUACACAUCAAGGACCCGCUCAGAUACGGACGAUGGGUGACACGCCGGGUGGCUGUUAUUACCAUUGCAGCUAUUUGGCUGCUGGCAGCGUUCGUCUCGUUUGUGCCCAUCUCGCUGGGGAUCCAUCGACCAGACCAGCCGCUGAUUUUCGAGGAUAAUGGCAAGAAGUACCCCACAUGCGCACUGGAUCUGACGCCCACGUAUGCUGUCGUCUCCAGCUGUAUCAGUUUCUACUUUCCCUGCGUGGUCAUGAUUGGCAUUUACUGUCGACUCUACUGCUAUGCCCAGAAACAUGUCAAGUCUAUAAAGGCGGUAACACGACCCGGCGAGGUGGCCGAGAAGCAACGGUACAAGAGCAUACGCCGGCCCAAGAAUCAGCCAAAGAAGUUCAAGGUGCGCAACUUGCAUCACAGCUCGCCGUACCACGUAUCCGAUCACAAGGCAGCGGUCACAGUGGGCGUCAUAAUGGGCGUAUUCCUCAUAUGUUGGGUGCCAUUCUUCUGUGUCAACAUUACGGCUGCCUUUUGCAAGACGUGCAUCGGCGGCCAGACAUUCAAGAUACUUACCUGGUUGGGCUACUCGAACUCCGCUUUCAAUCCGAUCAUCUACUCAAUUUUCAACAAGGAAUUCCGGGAUGCGUUCAAGCGCAUACUGACAAUGCGUAAUCCGUGGUGCUGCGCCCAGGACGUGGGCAAUAUACAUCCACGCAAUAGCGACCGCUUCAUCACGGACUAUGCCGCCAAGAAUGUGGUGGUCAUGAACUCGGGCCGCUCCAGCGCCGAGCUGGAGCAGGUAUCUGCAAUUUGACCAAAACGCUGCUGCAAUGCAACCAGUUGGCUCUUGUGCAGCUGCUGCUGCACCGACAGUGGCCUCAAUGUGGAUGAUGAUGAUGAUGGCGCAUUGACCAACCGUUACGUUCCAUGAGAUUCGGUCGCGGCGGCCACAACAACCAUCGUGGAGACCGUGGAGGCCGCACAAAUGGAAACGGAGCUGGUCUAAAAUUGGUCAGAAAUUGGGUUCCUACACGCAUCAAUAAAUGCGUAGCAAUCCCAGCCCAAAGCACGAUUAACUAAUCCCAAAGCAAGUGAAAAACCUGUAAGUAUUAUCAGCGCAUCCUAGAAUCCUAAGCAAUCUACUAACCGCUAUUUCUAAGAGUGUUUAUACUUAACCGUAGCCAUAAGUUAUAUCUUCAUAACUGUAUGAAACUACUUACUAACUAACAACCGAGUCGUGAUUAGGUCUAAGAUCCCCACACCAAAGAGCUUCUGAAUAGUUAAACUGUUAAGUUUUUGUUACGAUUUAGCCAUGCUAUGGCAGCUAUCAGUAAAUGUUAUAAACAGUAUAACACAAUUUGAAUGUGGCCAACGCUCGAACGGAUUAAGUGUUCCUUUGACCCCUUGACAAGGUACAGCAGCUAAGUCAAAUAAUGACACACGUUAAAUAUAUAUUUCUAAAAACGGACAAUACACACUCACACUCACACUCUCCACACACACGGUUUGACAUAGUUCCCAUUCACAAGUGGCAACAAAACGUAGCAUACAACUCAGCGCUCACUGGCAAGGGCCAUAUACGGGUGGCAAACAAAGCUUUAGAUUUGAAUUAUUGAUGGGAAUUUAUGUGGCAUUGAGCAGCGUUGAACAUUAGAUGUGGCACAAAACUGCCAACUGCAGUCAUAAAUCAGUCAAAAAAUUAUAACGAUUUACGAGCAUUAUAAGUAUAAUGUUUAAAUCCCUCCGCAAUACACAAUGCAAUGUUUACCGUUUAGCUUAUUCUGGUAUCGAGUUUCUCAAUCGGAUUUAUAUUUAUGCAAAUUUAUCGCGUUUAUUUGUGCAUAGAUUUAUUUCUGUUACAGAAAUUUUAAUAAAAGUUCCACAUAAGAGUUUUGAUUGACGAUAACUGCAAUCAUCACAUUUAUAAAAUCAAAUGCUGUUAUUGGCAGUUCCGAUUUGAAGUAAUUCAUUGAUUUGUUUUAUAAUGAGGAAAAAAAGAAAUAUGAUGGCAAAUAAAAAAAAAACAUUCCAGCGUGCACUGCAUGGCUGAAACAAAACAUUUUCAUCGAUAGUUUUGCGGCAGAAAAAUAUUUAAUUAUAUUGAAUAAUUACGAAGCACACUUCAACGUCAUUUUGAAAUUUUAAUUAGUAUUCAACUGUGAUUGGCAGACGCGAAAUUUGAGCACAAUAGGAAAGCCAAGUUGCUGAAGAGGUCGUUAGAAAGGUUAACCAAAGCGUUGGGCUCUGAUUACCGAAUGAUUUAAUGAGCCCCACCUGAAGCGCCAUAAUGUGAAUUCGCAUUGUUGACGGCGAUAACACCUUGGCUGCUCCACUCGCUCCCCUACUGUCUGUCUGACAGCCAGAAGAUAAUGAACAUGUGGCCCCCGCUCAGUCCUUGCCCGACAGCUGAAGUGAAACAAAUGUAAACAGUUUGCUUUUCAUGCCAAACAACACCAACUGCUCUCAGCCCUUAGUCAUAUAAUGAAAAAUUACGCUGCUAGAGCUCAACAUUUCUACUUCUUUGCUUUGCCUUCGGUUGAGGCUUCAGAUACAUUUUCACUUAAGUAUUUGUGUAUGCUGAAAUCCCUUGCGGCAUCCUUCAACCGCCUCUUUUGCGCAACUCAACUCUUUGCUCUGUUAAUUAUGUGUAGUCCCUGACAAUCCGCUCAAAUAUUCGCAAUCAAGCUUAUGUCUUCUUUUUAUACCCAAUAGCAUUUAAAUUGGCCCAGACGGGUAUAAAGCAGUUCAAAUGUAUUUAGAGGAAUAUUCCGUACUUUUCCAAAAAAUCACAAAGAACUGCUAAAAGUCAAAAAAUUGGUGUAACUUGGUUCCAUAUUGUUUUUCUUUAUGAAUGAUGUUCAAUUAUUUCUUAAUACAAAUUCCAGUAUCUCUGUAAUGGUAACUUCCUUUACGCUUUCUUAAGUGAUAUAUAAACCACAGGGUAUCCUCUCGGCAAGCUGUUAUUGCUUCUUAUUAUUUUUGUUUUGUUUAAUAUUUGUUUUGGCAGUUUAUUAAAAGCAGCUGCUGUCGUCAUUUUAAUUACAAUAUACUUAUUUAUACUGGCUCGUACAGCAAAGGAAUUCACUCAUUCAUUUAGCCACGCCCACCGCCUUUGUGUGUAUGGUAAGGCUUGCCAAAGCUUUUUGGCUCAUUUCCUUUUAACAUCUGGCACGCAAUCAAUUCCACUUUUGUUUGCGCCGUACAUGUUGAUCGCACGUGCCAACUUUUCCGGCAUCGAAGUUGGGAGCUGUGGCUGUAACUCAGGGAAAGGCUUGAAUUGCGCUGCGCGACUACUGUGCCCAGCACGCACCGCGGUAGCGGCAGGAGUUGCGAUGGAGACACCAUUGUCAAUGCUAUUGCCGCUGCGAUUGGCAUUGACUUUGGUGUUUGUAGCCCGCCCAAAUGGCAAAUGGCAUGAUAAAUAUUCUAAGCAAAAACGCCACGCGCCUGUAAUAUGUGGUUAUAUUUAGAGGCCGCAUUGCUGUGCUCAUUUCUGGUUACACAAUUCUGUACAAGGUUGCAUUGCGUCCACACCUCGCACCCUUGGAAGUGCCGCGUACGGGCUUUCACUCGCCUUUUGUCUUUGCCAAACUCUUUAUAGAUGUAUUUGCUAUGGGGGGCGUAAGAGCAUGUCAACCAUCUUUAGGGUAUCUUGCUCCUUAUUCUGCCUCUUUUUCCACUUUUUCCAUUUUUUUAUUUCUUAUUUUUUGGCUGCUUGAACUCCAAUCUCUUCAAUUUGUUUGAAGAUUCGCAUUUGCUUACUUUCCUGCAACGUUGAACCUUUCUACUUGGCAUUGCAUUUCGCUUGGAGCGCUCUUUGCUUUUGGCUUUUUAGGCGUCAUUGAUUUUGGGCAUUGAUUUUUUGCGACUCUUAAUUGAAAUAUUUAUCGUUUUUUUUUUGUUUGGAAACGAUUGGCCAGGAAGUUGGCCAAUUUGAGUGUGCGUGUUCUGUAAUUAUGUCAGCGAGCUCCAUGCUACUGUGUACAUGCAUAUAUUUGUACUUACUUCGCUACGUGCCGUGCAUGAUAACAAUCGAAUGGGUCCCUGGAUGCCUGGCUUGGUAGACCUCAAUCAGCGCAGCGUUGCGCAAAACAAACUAAAGAUGCCCGUUCAUUAGCAUAUUUGGCGAACAAAGAAUCGGUCGUGCUUUAACAGUCUGUCGACAGACGCUGCUUGAUGGCCCACUAGCUGCAUUGCGCAUACGCACCGUUGCACAUGCUGUUGCUUAAACAAACAGAUUUCUUGUAAUUGCUUUCGCAAUUCAAUUAUUUGCCACAAAGACUCAAAGUAAGCCUCGGCAAAAGAGAAAAAAUAUAUACACAACCAUCAGUGUCAACAGCCAGAGCAAACAAUUAAAAUUUCAAUGCAAAUACAAAUACAAUUCAAUUACUGCGCCUGUUCGAUUUACAAAAAAUAAAUAAAUAAAAUAACACAAAUGAAUGUUAAAUAAACAUUUACCUGCAAUUAAAGCAACAUUUAAAAAAAUGGCUCUCGCAUUAAAAGCUUUACACAAUUGAAAAGUCCUUUAAUUGAAUUCGAGAAUCAAGAGUGUCAUAAAUAAUAUAAGUUUAAAAGUCCUAAGGAUUCAAUUAAUAUUUUUUUAAAUUUUUAACUUGAAUAUUAAGCGUUAAAAGUCGUCACAUAAUUAAAUCAUUUUUGACACAUUUUAUCCAUACGAUUUACAUUCCAUUCGAUGCAAUAAGACUUGGUCCUUGUCACUGAGAACUUCUAUUUAAUAGCUGGCUAACAUUAAAUUUUGAAUUUUAAAUUCAGCCUAAUAAUCUGAAAAGCUAACAAGGUAGCAGCCCUUUGAAAAAUCCUUUAGAUACAUAUAUGCUUUGAGACCUUUCAAUGUUUGUAUACAAUUUAUUUAUAUUUACACUACGGGACGCUUUUCGUGCGCUUUGAGCAAAACUACAAAUCAAAUAAUGUGAGUGCACAGAGUUCAAAAUGUCAGGCGAUAAAUGUCAACGUUUCGCAUAAAUUGCAUGUCGAUUGCGAAGGAGCCAACGAACUUGGCCAUCAGGCUUACGCGCGCAAAGCACACUGAUUGAUUGAUUGAUGGAUGGAUGGAUGAAUGAAUGGCUGACGUUGCCACGAGCUGACUGGCAGUUACAUUUGAAACAUUUUUUUCGGGAGUUUUUAAGUGGUUGCCACGCUGCACAGAUUGACAUUUCAUUUGCAAAGUGAACGACGAACUGAACAAACUGAACUGAGAACCUUGCAGCUGCCACUAACCCUUCCUAUGGUUGGCUGGUUGCUCCCAUCCACUGCGAAAACGUAAGUCGAACCCACCGCGCAACAGUUGUCAACAGUGGGCAAUAACUCACGCAAAAUGUCGUCCUGAGCUCUAGUUGGGUUUUAGUGAAACUUUAGUGGCACGCAGACCCAUGCGAAACGCUCUCCACUCAUAAUACCCGAAUAAUACCCGCCACACCCUCUGGGCGUUGAAUAUAUUUUGGUGUUUUUAUGACUUUGCGCCUUAAAGUGUUUAUUUCGUUUUACGACUUUCUACAAAUUUUCCUUGGCGCGUGUCAUUCGGCUGCCUACUUUCAGCAAAAGCGCUGGUCGCUCGUAUUACGUUUACGUAGACGUAACGUGCACUUCUACGUAUACGUAGCUCAAAACGUUUUAUUGCCAGCGUUGUGGGGCGUGCUAAUUUAUACAUUCGCUUGGGGUUUCCGUUUAAUGCCCUGGGUCACGACCCAAUGCUUCAUAAAAACACGCUUUUAAUCACAAUUUUUGCUUAUGCGCCUGGAUUUCGGCAAAGCGUUUGAUGGAUGUCAAAAAUUUUGCAUACACGGGCUAACUAGAUAAAGAUGGUGUACAGCUGGCUGCCCCGACCUACACCUUGACCUUGUGGACGGCAUUUUGUGGCCAAGUGCAGGGGCAGCUGCCCCGCUGACCUAGCAAUGCAGCGACUUUGACUUUUAACAAGGGCAACUCUGCGUAUGCGCAAUUUUUGGCAUUUGGCAAAAACUUAAAGCGCUUCAAGCUGGCCCAGCGAAUUUUCAGCUGCCACAUAAAGUUUCCUACUGUAUGUGUCUUUUUUACCAUUUGUGGCAGUGCCCAAGUUUGUGACGGCAAAAGUUUCCCGAGCUGCAACAAUAACAGUGCAGUAAAGUUUUGACAACAACUCGCUGCCACCCACCACACCGCAGCUCAGUCGGCUUAGUCACAUUCAGCCACCUGGCUAACGGGCCACGCCCUGCUUUAGCUAUUGUGUGGGAAACAAAAUGCUCAUAGCCUCCGCCUAUGGCCAAAAGUUUUCAACGCUACUGCGAAUUUUCAUAAUGCACAUUUGGACUGGAUUCACGAUGCUUUAGUCUCGAUUCUCGGCUCUCGGAUCUCGCCUCUCCGUGCUGUUUGCUAUUGCCAUUUUGUGUUUGGCUUAUGCCAUUUCAAUUAUGGCAAUUUAAUUGAAAAACAAAUUCAAUUUUCAAGCCGACUUUUGGUGGAAAGUUUUAGUUGCUUUUGGGUCGCUUCGCUCCAACUGGCUGACUGAUGAAUGGCACGAAACUUUUGCUGAACGGCUUCAAAUCAAAAAUGUACUGCAAAA